AUGUCUCAAUCAGGAGCGAAAGUUUCCGCCCAGGUCUCCGAGGAGUUCCAGAAGCUCAAGCGAAGCAACGACAAGAACCGACUCCUGAGAUACAUUGUCUUCAAGCUGUCCGACGACUACUCCGAGAUCCAGGUCGAGCACGCUGAGGCCGACGACGACUGGGACAGCUUCCGCGAGAGGCUCCUCUCCGCCACCUCCAAGAGCAAGACUGGUGCUGUUGGCAAGGGUCCCCGCUACGCUGUCUACGACUUUGGCUUCAAGUUUGACGGCCGAGACAUCAACAAGAUCAUUCUCGUCGCCUGGUCUCCCGAUGAUGCCGGUGUCCACCCCAAGAUGAUCUACGCCGCUUCUAAGGAGGCUCUCAAGCGAUCCCUGGAAGGCUACGCUUAUGAGAUCCAGGCCAACGACUCUGACGACCUCGAGUACGCUUCUGUCCUCAACGCCGUCCUGGCCAAGGUGAACGCAUAA